CAUAGUAUUAGACUGAUAUGAUACAUAAAUACAUGUUCCGAUUCCGACAAACUCAUUGUUGUAUUAUUAUUCUGGAACAUCUUACAUGACCUUAAGAUUUGUUGGAAGAUUUUCUGGACCGGGAGUCGUAAUAACAAGAAAGAAAUCAUUUAUUGAUGACGUCGCGUUUUUAAUUCGGAAGACGUUUUUCCUUUCAUACCAAUUUUACAUAAGAUGAAAGGAUAUCCAAAUACUUCUCAGUCUUCACCCAUAGAGAAUCGUGAGCAUUCCCAGAUGAAUGGAUCCGCAUAUGCAGCGCAGAGUGUCAGUUAUCCCCACAACGGCGUUAACACGGGGCAUUUUAUUGACUACGAAAACAUGGAAGAAUCUUUGAGAAGGAGCCUCACUUACAAUGGCGAUGCGAAAACCGACACCAGACCACAGAUGCACGUUUCUAAGGAUGCAAUUUCUAAAUUUCGAAAUCACAUCAACGCCGUAGAAAGAGAGAACGUUGCAUUGAAAAGACAGAUUUUAAGAAUAGCUUCAUCACACAAUGCCAACAGCUCCGAAGUCGUCGCAAAUGAAAGCUAUCAAGACGCAGAGAGAAUGCAAUUAGAAGAUAUUCGUUCUGCAUGCAUGUUGCUUUCUGAAAGAAUAAAACGAAUGGAAGAACAGAAUAAACUACUUCAUGCAAAUGCUGAAAAACAAAGAUAUGAAUACGAAAGAUAUCUUGAUCGGGUUUCGUCCCAAGUUUUCCAGGCGUUGUCAUGCCAACAACGACUUCAAAUGGAAUGCGAUGCCUUGCGUAUGCAAGUGCUUCAAGUAACUGGAAAUCAAGCAGUACUUUCUACCUCAAGCUCUCCUGGUUUACCCUAUAACUGGACACCUGACGAAUCUAAUCAAAACAGAAAUUCAAACAGUAAUGAUUUUGCUGAAGCAUAUGCAGCAGCCACACAAGGAAAUCAUCCCUUUGCACCGUACCCAGUGAUUCACGCACAGAAUCAAGCACAAACCUCGCAGUCUGCUCCAAUUCAACAAAGAGUGAAUAUAAAUGAAGAAGGAGCACACCAAAGGCAAUUUUUGUUCAACCAUUCCCACAAUCCAUCGAACAGUUACAACGGUAACAGGGGAUACAACGUUCCAACACAUAACGCAAACUCUCAUGUACCAGCAUAUUAUUACAACCCCCAAUUUGGUGGACAACUUGCUAUGCAGGAAUUACCAAUGGCAAGAUCUCCUCCAUUGCUUGCGAUUCCAGAAAGUGUUGAACCGAUCAAUACACCGUCUGAAGCUGACACUUUUCGUCAAAGAUUGAUUGCGAGCGAUACAGUUUCAUUACAAGACGAUCAUUCAAUUGGGAGAGGAUCACGAUCGCGCGAAAGACAGAUUUCGGGUAAUAGAAACAAAGUUUCUCGAAGUCGAUCUUUUGAUGAUCACUACUCAUCAACUUCUAGGCUAGGUGGACCGGCAAGGCCCCAUCAAUCUGCUUCUCCAAGACGAUCGCAAACAUACAACGACCACUUAUCGUGUCAACAGAUACCCGCUUCGUCGCAUCAUCAGAAUGAGAACAAUGUUUUUAUGGUGAUGAACAGAGAAGAGGGCAGCAAAAUUUCAUUUCAUGGGCGGCCGCCAGGAUUCCAUGCUAGCGAUACGCAAGUACACAUGCUUCAUCAAAAGUCACUACCGCAGUCGAGUGCAGUUUAUCCCCAGGGACAUUUUUCGGUAGAAAAUUCCAAAACCCAAUCAGAAAACACUCUAUAUUCAACGCAGCAAGUUGAAAGUGUAAAUGAGAAUACUUUGAAUUAUUCGAAUGCACAUUUGAAUCAGUCGAUUGAAUCCAGUCAACAUCGACCUUUUCCUCAGUCAACUAGUUUGCCGGUUCAUGAUGAUCAUAGAACAGAUCAUGGUAUAAAAACCGCAAACUUUUCGAGGGGCGCGUUACAGCGGUCUUUCCGAAUCCUCAGGACCCAGGACAAAAUUUCAGAGCAACGAAGAACACGUGACGACGUAUGGUUGCUUCGUAAUGGUAGACCCAACGAAAUUUCAAGUCAGAAAAUAGCGUUGUCAUCUUCUGCGUCUGGCAGCAAUACCAAACAUACAAAUGUAAAAGAUCUACCUCCACCACCACCCCCUCCACCGGACAACAUAGUAGCCAAGGACAGUAACGAACCCGAUUGUUCAAGUCGUCACCAGGCUGUCGAACAGAUAAACGUGAGGGAAGGGAGACGCACUGCGUCAUUCGAGAGAGCGUCUUAUGGCGCAGCUUGUCGGAAAUCCCAAUCGCUUGAUUAUUUACCUACAGAUAUUUACAAAACCAAUUCAAGUCUAUCGAAAAAAUCAAAUUUUGUACAGAAUUCAAAUUCCCUCGAAUAUCGAUCACAAAAAGACAAACUUGCUUUAGCAAUAGCCCGAGCCGUCGAGGAAAAUCAUUCCUUAGAAGAUUCUUCUAGAACAGGUGACUGCGAUCAAAGUGUUCCUACAGAACAAAAAACGAGUUAUGUACCAACGUUUGCGAAAAAGAAUACAAGUUCCACCAACACAAACAUGUCAAAGAAAAAUACACCGUCGUCACCACAAAUACCUACAAGGAGUCAUUCUUCAUCUUCGCGAACUUCUAGUGCUGGUAAUGCGAUCGGAAGUGUAGCGUCUAACAUCUCAUGUCAAGAUCUCUCAAAUAAAGGGAGCUUGAGUUCAUGUGGUACAAGUAUUUCCUCCACGACAUUCAGUCAUCCAAAUUUAGUAAAUCUCUCAAAGGGUGGAGUGGUUAGUUCGUCUGCUGAAAACAUAUAUCACAACAACGAGAGACUGGCAAGUAUUAAUCCAAACUCCGUCGACAAAAAGUCACCGAUACAGAAAAUUCCACAAUACUCGGCGAUCAAUAAGCAAAAAGAGACAUUUUCUUCAAAAAACAAAGCUCAAAAUUCCCCAAAAGUCACUAGAAAAGAUCUGAAUACGGGAGAGUCUAAGAAAAUGCAUGAAGCUGGCUCUAAAAAGAAAGGAGGAGGCCAGAAAUCGUUUGUUAGCAUUAUGAAGUCAAAAUUUGGAAAAAAUUCCACAAACAAUAACAAAAGGCAAACGAACAUGCCAGAGCAUGAAAACGCCCCGUCUUCAAUCGAUCCCCGAACCUUAUCACUUGAACCAAAUGCUGCUUUACCAACUAGAACAAAAAAAGCAGGCAGAAAGUCGUCACAAGAAGAUACAAUAGGUCGGAAACUUAGCAAUCCGUUUCUGAAUACGCCGGCACAAAACUUUAUCGCUCCAUCCAAUGCUCCUGCUACGAAAGUAAAAAGUAAUGGCAAUAAAAAGUUUCUGGGUCGUCAUAAUUCGAAAAAGCAUAAGGGAUAUAAAUUUGGUGGUUUUGAAGAUACGGAUGAAUACAACAAGCAAAGCUUUGGUCGGGUCGAGCUUAUUCCUAUCGAAAAGGGAAAUAUUUUAGAACAUGAUCACCAAGAACUUGACAACGCACUAGGUGAGGACGAAAUUGUUUGGCAAAACUGCGGAGAUACAUCAGUUUUAGUGGUUGACAUUGUUGACCAAACGAACAGUGUGGAGGAAAACCAAACUAUUACCCGCCAACAUGACUACGAAAACGUUAAUAUCAAAGUACCAAGCAAGGCACCAAAAGGCUUCCGAAAAAGGAAUGUCCCUCAAUACGAAAAUGUCGGGAUAACUCAGCUGGACGAAGAAAAUGUAAAAUCUCACGAUUAUAAUCAAGAUUCUCAAAAUGGGAAGCGUGCAGAUAUCAGAAAUAAUACAACAUCCAGAAAAAAUGUCGUUGAUAACAGAGAAUAUGUAUGGAAUGUAGAAACAACGGGAUGCCCGAAAAAAGAUGUAACCGCUAACACUCAAAUGCAAGGGCAAAGAUCUAUAGAAGAACAGGAUUCGGAUAUCGUUCCACGACCGCAUAAAUCAAACAAAAAUGUUUACGAAGAAGUGUUCAUCAACCCAGAUGCCGAAGAGGAAAUAAAUCAGAAAGAUAAUUACCUUGAGGAUAUUGUGCAUAAAUACAAUGACUCUGACUAUCCAAACGUGAAAUCAGGAAGCGAAGUUAUUCACGAAACCUCAAAUUCUGAUAUAUCUGAACAGGCUGAAAAAUCAGACGCUAGUUUAAAUGCAAGUUUGAGAAGUUCUAAUUCCGAUAAAAGCUCUCGAAUAUCUGAUCUAGCUAAUUCUAGAAAACAUCAGAAUAUAGGAUCUUCAGGUAUAAGCCCUCGCUCUAAAAUAAAACCUAUUCCCUCAAUACCAAAAAGCUCUGAUAUUGCUAAAUACAAAAGACAAGUAAGCGAAGCAUCUACCAAUGAUGUCUCAGAUACGGGAUUAUUAGAAUCAAACAGAACCGACAAAAACAUUUUAGAAAGUAGAGUGCCAGAUUCCCCAUCUGAAUUGUAUAUAGAUUUAUCAAAAAACAUUAACUCUGUUCAGUCAAAGUGUGCUUCCCGGAAGCAUUCUGUUCCCAUUGCAAGCAGGCUACAACCUCCCCAAAGGCUUCCAAAACCAGGUAAAGGCAUUUCAAAUAUUAGAAAGCCACAAUUUGGCAUGGCUAGUGUAUCUCGAGAAAACUGUGUCCACAAGAAACCCGACGACGAAUGUUUAGAUUUACGCAUACAAAGAAAGCCUACUAAGUUAGCUCCCUUAAAUUACGGUCCGCCAGUUUCAUCCAAAACAAAUAAUACGCAAAUGCCAUUUUCGAAAAUACCCUCCACUAGAAAAUCAAAGGAAUUGCGUAAAAUGAGUUGAUAUAUCUACAGUCACCUAUGAUAAUUAAAUUAGGAACUUAAAUCAUCUUAAAUUUCCGACUUUAUUCCAAUGUAUAUAAUUUAGUUUCUUUAUAUAUAUAUAUAUAUCUAUUAUUUUUUUUAUCACUUUCUGAUCUUUAACUGUUUUUUCUCAUUGAUGCAUUUGGAAAAUCAAUGUUGUCGCGGGUUUUAUUUAAAAAAAAAACGAUGAACGAUUCAUGUAACUUUUUUUUGGUUAUUUUUAUUUUCUAUUCACAUGUAACGGCGGAGGUUGCCAUAUUUUUAGAAUCGAUCUUCAGGCGUUUGUUGUUUGAAUCAUAUAUAUGUAUAUCCGCAUCUGUAUUGUUUGUCUAAUUGCAACUACCGUAUGUUUUAUAUUUCUUAACAAAGUUUCAUGUGAAGAGUAACAAUUAAAAUACCUCCUUCCUA